GCAACCUCCAACAUUUAUCAUUUGCCAUUCAAGUGCCAUUGAAAAUGACUUCAAACUAAUUAAUAUUUGUUGAGUAGGUAGCAUUCUUGGAGGAAAGAGUACACACAUAAAGGAGUGCAUCUUCAAUUACAAAAUCGUACAUGUCAGACGUAUAGAGACGGGAAAAAGUGGACCCCAAAUUUAUAUAAUCAAUUUUAUCGACUGAACGAUAAAAUAUCUUACACGCAGCACGAAUGGUUUUUAUGUUUAUUGAUUUAUUGGAGAUCAUGAAUAAUGCAUUAAUGAGCGGAUUGGCUAGCCCAGCAGCAACGUGGUUAGACAGAGGCAAGGUGUGGGCUGUUGUCACGUGGAGAAGACCACUUCGUUGCAGUAACUGAAUGUGGAAACAUCGUUAUAGCUAUUCUCCUGUUCAGCUUCAAGUUAUACUUCGAAAUUUAUCCGAAGUUGUCUUCGAAUUUCUUAAAGUAGUUUCGUUGUCUGGUUGACGUUGGAUCUCAUUGAGUAACUUCCAAGAAUGCCUAAAUCCACCCGGUCAUCAACUCCAGCAACUCCAGCUGCGAACAGGAUGGAUGCCGGCAUUGGCAGGAGGCAGCGCGGGAGACCCCGUACACGGGCCACGCAGUCUGGGGUGAGGGCACGUCGUGUUCGGAUUGACGAUGUGCCGACGCCGGUGGUCAGAAGUCAGCACCCGGCGUUAGGACAACCGGAGCUGCCGAUCGAACCUGCACCAGGACCGAGUGGAUCUGAGAGCCAACAAGCAAGGCGGGAUACAGUUUGGAUCGUGGGUGAUUCUAUUAUUCGCAGAGCUCAGACGAACAUGGAUUGCGAGGCACAAAUUCACUGGAUGGGAAAAGGUGGGGCAGGGAUAGGCAAUUUUCUCCCACUGUUAAGCCGCCUUGAUGCUUUGGCUCAUGGCGUGGCUCCUACUGUCGUAGUAAUACACCUAGGCACUAAUGACCUUGUUUCCAUUGAUACUUUUUGUAUGCGCCAGCGUAUUAGGUUACUCAUGGAAGAGUUCAGGACUCGUUAUCCAUCUGUCUGCCUGGUUUGGUCCGAUAUUCUACCAAGGCUCUUUUAUUACGGCGCACAGUCCAAUGCCAGUAUCAAUAAAAAACGGCUCACAUUGAAUAAAUGGGCCAGGGCUAUGGCUUACAGACUGAAUGCGUACAUUUUCCAUCAUCCUCAGUUUGAGUCAUGUCCUUCUCAGCUUUUCCACUUUGAUGGAGUUAAUUUGUCCCCGGAAGGUACUCGGUUAUUUAGGGACAACCUGCAGUCUUGCAUAAUUGGUCUUUUGCGUAGUUUUUACUAUUAAAGGUGACUACAUUGUCAUUUCCCUGGACUGCUCGCUUUGGGGUGGCUGUCCUUCGUCCCUUGGGCCGCGCCCUAGUGCGCGGGUGGCGCGACUGUGGUCGUGGGACAGGGUUCGGCAAGCCAUAUUCCAGGGUCGCUGAGCCUGUCCAGUGAAAUGUGUUGACAUUGAUUUAUAAUCGUUUAAUUCCAAACCUUUACAACAAUAACCCAGCCUGUGCCGGCUAGGGUUUGCUUCCACGAAGUCGGUUCCGACCGCGAAGCAUUCAAGUUAUUUAUGCCAGCGAACU